CAGACCAAUGCCUUCAUCAUCGAACUCGCCAUUCGGUACAACGAGCUGAAGGAUUUGGAGCAACCUACGUUAAGCCCAUUUCAGAACAAGACCAUAGCCAUGUGUAUUAUGGAUCACAUUGGCCGGCUCAAGGACACGAUUUUGGAAAGAUGCUUUAAAAAAAAGAUGGAAAUGAGAGAAGUGAAUGCGUUUGAUCAGACGAUGAACUCGGGGAGACUUUGCGCAUUUUUUCGAACAGAGUUCAACCGCCGUGUUGAUACGCACCGGAUCCUAAGGAAUGUAUUGGUCGAGACCGACUUCGGUAACACCCCGCCAGAUGAGACGCUCCGCAUCAAACCAAGCGAGCAACUCAGGAGAGAGGUUCUGGAGGUACAACAAGCUAUCGAGAACAUCACCCACCCGCAACCUGCCCUCAACCCACCCACCCUGCUUCUCAAACAUCAAUCGGAACUCAUUCGCCGCACCAUGCGCGAGGAAAGCAAGCUGAAGGCUUCCUUCGAAGACGGUAGCGCGGGAGGCUGGCGAAUCGGUUCCCCAGGUCGCCAACGUACCGGACAGCCCACCACCUCACUAAUCACCGGGCGCCGAGUCUCCCAAACCCAGCGUCGGCGGUCCGACAGUGUGUGGCGACGGACUUCUGCUGGAACAGAACGCGGCGCGAGACUCGAUCACCCUGCGAAGACACGGAUUUGGGAGAUGGAGGAAGAGACCGGCGUAGAGGCUUUGGGGGAAACAGAGUUGAGUCAGACCUUGAGAUACACCGAUAUUGAGGAUGAUGAUUUGGAUAAAGCGGCGCUGGCGAGCGUGGAAGCCGAAAACCCUGUUUUACAGGGAUUUACUGGUGUAAUUGGAUAUAGCCGACGGAAGGAUACGCAUGAGCCGCCAUUGCCUCCAAGACAACGAUAUCUUCCGCCAUGCAAAUAUCGCAAACGACACUUCACUGACUUCGACUACUCAAAGUUGGACGCUGUCCCGCUUCCCGCUGAGGUGACCGAUAAAAGCACCGUUCCGAGUUUCAUCAACCGGAUGAACGACGAAAGUGGAGAUAUGAGACCACUUCCGUCAGGAGUCUCCGAGCGAGCACCCAAAUCCAUCAUAACGCUUGCAGCCGAGCCUGCGACCGCGGUGAGCGAGUUCGGAGCCGAGAACGAUGCCGAGAACUCCAUGAUGCGGCAUGUUGACGAGAAACUGACCCGAACCAAAGAGGUUGAAGAGCUGUACGAGGAGAUCAUGAGAACGGUGAAACGAACGCACUUGGACCCGUUAGCAUCCGAAGAGGAGGAGCGCACCAUGUGCCCUGCAGCUCCAAUCGAACCACACAUUCCCAAGCCUUGGCUUUGGCAGGGACUCAACGACCCGGCUCAAAUACCGCCUAUGAUCACGCUGGCAACAACACCCCUCAACAUACUAAACGCGGCAGCCGGUACGGGAGGGCACGGUGGGAGAGGCGGCGCACAAGGUCGUAUCCGCGCACGCGACCAUCAACAAGAUGGGAAAGGAACAUCUCUUCGAACGCGUCCUUCGGAGGUUGCAAGAGACCGUGAGGCGGCGACACGCAACGCCCCACAGGCCUCACAGUACCACGGGCCGAUCCCUUACGGCUACGGAGGAUUUAUGCCUAGUACCGCAUCGAUGACCCGGAUCACCCGAGACACAACGUCGUCGAGCUCCCCAAAGACCGCAGGCGCAGCCUCCGCCGACGCCCCAACGCUUGAAGAGUAUUUCAACUAUCUUCGCAUACAUAAAACGGAUUUCAUCUUCGAUCUGAUCUAUAAGGAAGAUGAGAUUGCGGAGGCUAAGCGAAAAGCGGCGGAAGAGGCGGAGAGGUUGCGCAAGGCGGAGGAGGAGAUGAAGCGGCGGGAGAAGGAGAGAAAGGAGAGGGAAGCGCAGAGGAAGGUGAUGCUGAAAUAUGAGCGCGGCGAGUGGAAUCCGCGGAUCAUUGAUUUCAUGCGAGAGGUGCAUGAUGCGUCUGGUGGCGAGCCGGAGCUGGUGGACGGAUCAGAGGAGGGCCCGCUGCCCGCAGGCGAGCAAGGACCGAACGAUAUUCAGAAACAGAACGCAGCAGAAGGAGCUGUGACGGGCACCGCUACAGAUUCUACCGCGCAGGAGUCUGUCCCGGAAGGCACAGAAAGGGAACAGCCAGGAACAGCAAUUCCUGCCGCAGAUUUGGCGACACAGCCGUCUGCACCACCAGCAUCGCAGCAGCAGCAGCAGCAGCAGGAACCAGCCGAAAUCACACCCGCACGCCGCCCGGCAUCCGUCGACAUCCACAAAAUGCAAUCCGAGCUUGAGCAUCUUUGGGUCACGUUGAAGAUGCCAUUGGACCAGAAACUUGAUAUGGCGAUCAAGUACGGUGAUCAUAAGUUCGCUGCCAAGUUGGAGAUGGCCAUCGGAUUAUGGAAAACUGUGUCCGAACGUAUCAUUUCUCGUGAGGAGCUAAUGAAACAAAUUGAAGUGUUCGAAAGAUACGCCUCUGACCCCGAACGCUUUUUCGUACGUGGCGCCGAAGGAUCCUCCCAUGCGCGUCUCAAAGAGUCGAAAGAACGGGAAGAUCUUCUUCGCCAGUUACAUCAGCUCGAGGCGCGGAUCGAUGAGGUCAUCAACCUCAUCAAGGUCGAGCUGAAGGAAAGUGUGACGUAUGAAGGCAUCCCAUACCGAGUCAAGAUGCGAAUGGACUACACGGAGCUCAUCAAACGGCUGCAGCGGGAGAGGCAAGCCUCGAGACAAGCGACGUCGCCUGGUGCAAGUUUAGAUCCACGCAGCAGUUAGCUGCCUAUCUGUUUGUCGUGCUUGAUUAGCACUAUGAGUGAAUGUCGGAAGGUUGUGUUCAAUCACUCAUUGUGCGUCGUCCAGCGUGAGCUUCUGAAGACCUUUCCUUUGCUGGGAGGUCAUCGAACUUGGAAGCACUC